AUGUCAGCCCUGUACAACCACAACUUGGAGCAUCGUCGAAAAAGCAAAAAGCACGGGAAAGAUAAGACAGAACUAGAGAACAUAGAUCCUGAGUUGAGGGUGCAGUUAUUUUAUUAUGAGCAGCUCAGCAAACGCGUAACUAUUGAUGAGAAGAUGUUAGUAAACCGUUUCCUGGAUGGUGGCGGACGGUUAUUGCAUAGUGCAAUUUGCUUGGAUUUGGCUCGACUGAUAGAGUUUGAUGAGAGCAAGGUCUCUGACGGGGCGGGAGAAGUCGAGCUUAUGUUAAAAGAAGCCCACCAAAGCAUGUUUGAAGAAGGACCCGGUUGUUUUUCAUGGAUGGACAAGAAAAAGUUUUACGUCAAAUAUAUUCCAUGUUUUCAUCCAUGUCCAUGUGGUAGCGACGCUAUGAAGGCUCCUUUCAAGCCAUAUCGGGAAAUGUGCGAAAAGAGAACUCACGAAUAUGAGCCAUGUACUGCUAGGAGGGAUGCUCGUAAGCUACAUCUUCGUCGCCAUGAUGAGAAAGUUGAACCACUGCCUGAAGCAGAAGUGCGAGGCCUCUAUGUGCCUCUGAUAUUGAUCUUGGUAACCGCUGUAGUUUGUUUCACCGUAUCCUUCUUCAAUGAGAUUGUGAACAUAGUCUUGUACAAGCGGAAUGGAUGA